AUGCACACAGCAAAUCCCAAACCCCAGCCACAGCCAGAGGACUACAGAGAGCUCGACCGCAAGAUCCUACGGCUGUGUGGUGAGCUGUACGAUCUGGACGCCGCCUCCCUUCAGCUGAAAGUCAUCAAUUAUCUGCAGACAGAGACUCGGUCGCAGUGCUGCUGGUUACUGCUGGUCUCUGAAGACAACCACCAGCUCUUCUGUCAGGUUGUUGGAGAUAAAGUUCUGGAAGAGGAAAUCAGUUUUCCACUUAUGUUCGGUCGGUUCGGGCAGGUGGUGGAGACAAAGACAUCCAUUACACUACAGGACGUCAGCCAGGAGGAGCGCGGGUUACUGAGCAGUUUGUUGGGGUUCGAGCCGAACUCGAUGCUCUGUGUUCCUGUCAUCAGUCAAGCCACUGGACAGGUGGUGGCGCUAGCGUGUACCUUCAACAAACUGGGCGGACAGAGGUACAUGGAGGCGGAUGAGCAUGUGAUCCAGCACUGUUUCUGUUACACGUCCACGGUUCUCACCAGCACACUGGCCUUCCAGAAAGAGCAGAAACUCAAGUUUGAGUGUCAGGCUCUGCUGCAAGUGGCUAAAAACCUCUUCACACACCUCGAUGACGUGUCUGUAUUACUGCAGGAGAUCAUCAUCGAGGCCAGAAACCUGAGCAACGCUGAGAUUUGUUCUGUGUUCCUGCUGGAUCACUUCAGUCAUGAGCUCGUGGCUAAAGUGUUUGAUGGAGGAGUCGUGAACGAUGACGAGAAGGAGUUUCGUAUCCCGGCGGAUCAAGGCAUCGCUGGUCACGUGGCCACUACUGGGAAAAUCCUCAACAUCAAGGAUGCGUAUUCCCAUCCUCUGUUUUACCGCGGUGUGGACGACAGCACGGGCUUCAGGACGCGAAACAUCCUCUGCUUCCCCAUCAAAGAUGAGAACGAAGAGGUGAUCGGUGUGGCAGAACUGGUCAAUAAAACGAACGGGCCGUGGUUCAAUCGUUUCGAUGAGGAUCUGGCAACGGCGUUCUCCAUCUACUGUGGCAUCAGCAUCGCUCAUUCUCUGCUGUAUAAGAAGGUCCAUGAGGCUCAGUUCCGCAGUCAUCUGGCCAAUGAGAUGAUGAUGUACCACAUGAAGGUUUCGGAGGAGGAGGUCACUAAACUCCUGCACAGCGGCAUCGAGCCGGUCCAGAAAAUCCAUCCGGACUUCUCCGAGUUCACGUACACGCCUCGCUCUCUGCCCGACGACAGCACGCCUAUGGGCGUCCUGAGCAUGCUUGAAGACAUGGGCUUCAUCAACACCUAUAAGCUCGACCUCCACACAUUAGCCAGGUUUUGUCUGAUGGUGAAGAAGGGCUACAGAGACCCUCCGUAUCAUAACUGGAUGCACGCUUUCUCCGUCUCACACUUCUGCUACCUGCUCUACAAGAACCUCCAACUGUCCAACUACCUCGAAGAUAUAGAGAUCCUGGCGCUCUUCGUGUCCUGCAUGUGUCAUGAUCUGGACCAUCGAGGAACCAACAACUCCUUCCAGGUGGCCUCGCAAUCUGUUCUGGCAGCCCUUUACAGUUCAGAGGGAUCUGUGAUGGAGAGACAUCACUUCGCUCAGGCCAUCGCCAUCCUCAACACACAAGGCUGCAACAUCUUUGAGAAGUUCUCCAGAAAGGACUAUCAGCGGAUGCUGGAUCUGAUGAGAGAGAUCAUCCUGGCCACAGAUCUGGCUCAUCACCUGAGGAUCUUCAAGGACCUGCAGAAGAUGGCUGAUGCCGGUUAUAACCCGAGGAGUCAAAGCCAUCGCAGUCUGCUGCUGUGUCUCCUCAUGACCUCCUGUGACCUCUCUGACCAGACCAAGGGCUGGAAGACCACCAGGAAGAUCGCGGAGCUGAUCUAUAAAGAGUUCUUCUCUCAGGGCGAUCUGGAGAAGGCGAUGGGAAACAGACCCAGCGAGAUGAUGGACCGUGAGAAAGCCUACAUCCCUGAACUCCAGAUCAGCUUCAUGGAGCACAUUGCCAUGCCAAUAUACAAGCUCCUGCAGGAGAUUUUCCCGCGUUCGGCCGAGCUUUACGAGCGCGUGGCCGCCAACCGCGAGCAGUGGGCCAAAGUCUCGCACAAGUUCACCAUCCGCGGUCUACCGAGCAACAACUCGCUGGACUUCCUGGACGAGGAGUUCGAGCUGCUGCAGUCUCAGGGAGCCUUCGGAGACGACUCGCACCGCAUGAACGGAUGCCUGGACGACGACUGCGACAAACACGGCCAGUGACGUCGCGAGGGCAAAGGUCACCUGAUGGAUUCUGUCUUGGUGAAAUACCGACGAGGCUUUGAGGAACGCUUCAUUGUUGCCUUCUUGCCGUUGCUGUGGAGACGCGUCUUGCUCAGUGGAGAACGAUGGAUGGUGUCGCGCAGUCGGAGGAGUGUGUAAUAAUACGCAAACAUUACGACUGAAAAGAGUGAUGUUCUCAGUGGCCACGUUGUAAUAGCUAAACAUAUUCUAUUCUAAAUGAAACAACUCGUUGUAGGAAACGUGACAAGUCCAGGCAGUAACAAACACAGGUGUCUAGUGUUACGUGUUUAGAACUUGUAACAAAUACAGCUGCCUGGUGUUACAUUUGUUUUAAACUUGUGACAGUUCCAGGAUCCUGGUGUUACAUUUUUAUCACUCCUAACAAUUCCAGAUACCCAGUGUAACGUUUCUAAAGAUUGUAGUGAUUCCAGCUGCUUGGUGUUAUUUUUUUGUUUUUGUACAACUUUUAACAGUGUAACACCAGCUGCUUGAAUUGUUACGUUUUAACAUCUUUGUAACAAUUUCAGAAUCAUGGUGUUACACUUUUAGAACUUGUAACAAGUCCAGCUGCGUGAUGUCACAGUGUUACAUUUUUGAAACCACUGACAAUUCCAGCAGCCCGGUGUUACAUUUUUAACUUUGCAAUAAUUCCAGCUGUCUGCUGUUGUAUUUGUACAACUUGUAACAGUGUAACACCAGUUGCUGGAACUAAUACGUUUUUUACACUUUGUAGCAAUUUCAGCAGCCUGGUGUUACAAUUUUAGGUAACACUUUAUUUAAAGGUGUCCUUGUUACACAUGUAUUUACUAUUAUAAUAACAAUUAUUUAUGCAUAAUUACAUGCAAGCAACCAUUAUUCUAACCCUAACCGUAUAGUAAGUAGGUAAUUACUUAAUAUUACUCAGUACUUAAAUGUAUAAGUACACUAGAACAAGGACACAUUAAAAUAAAGUGUAACCCAUUUUUACAACUUGUAACACCAGUUGCUGGAAUUGUUACAUUUUUAACACUUAGAAGCGAUUCCAGCAGCCUGGUGUUACUCUUUUAGAACUUGUUACAUUUCCAGCAUCCCGGUGUUACAUUUUUAGAAUUGUUUUGUAGUAGUUGUUAUUUUGUUACUCAUCAGACUAAGCCACUGUUUUCUUUUCAGCGUUUGUAGCGUACAGAAAUUGUCAGACGAGACAAAUCGUUUUGAUAAUUUAUCUUUUACUUUCAACAGAUUUCACCCCUCAGACUUCAGUUGUCCCUGUUUACACAGAAAAACGCAACACAGCAACAUUUCUCCAUUCCCCGAAUCCCAAAACAAUCAUUGAACAUCUCAGUCAAGCGAGCAGCGGCUGGCGGCCAGAGAGCGAUUAGAGCGUGUGUGUGUGUGUGUGUGUGUGUGUUUCCGGACGCGCCGUAGAGGAACUUUCUGAAUCUGUACAUAUAGUUGUGUGUUUUAAAGGGCUACGCAGCCCUCACACUUUUCUUUCUCAGGAUGGCAGAAUGUGUGCGUCUAAUGGAUCUUGCCUUACAAAUGUUUGCGUUGCCUUCCUGAGUGACUUUAAAAAGAGAUCUAUGUAUAAAACCGUUCAGUUCUGAAGCUACAUGGAUAUACAGAGAUAUCUAUCCGGAGUGUGUGUGUGUGUGUGUGUUUGCACAGGUGUGACUCUAAGUGCAUUUGCCAAAAUCUGCAUAGGACAGAAAAAAAAA